ACUCCGGGACAUGUUGGGGCAAGGACCACCUUUGAAAGUAGGGCAAUUGUAAAAAUCGUAAAUGUAAUGUAAAAUACUUGAACCACAUAAGUUAUUGUCUCCAAAGCUUGUUUCAAAGUUGCCAAAAUGUUCAUUCUUAAACGUGUGGCGUCUGUUGGAGGCAUAACUAUGCGGGUACCUCAGAGGACCUCCCUCCCUGUGAGCUAUUUCUCAGCCUGUCAAUGUUUAAGAUCCUCAAAGAGACGCAGUCCAUACAGCACAGUGGACAGUGAGCGUUACUCUUCUCUUGUGAAGUCUGUCAUGUCAUUUAGGGUCAGCUCCCAAACACCUGAGACCCUCUUAGUGGAGGACGAGAACAUUUAUGGACCUAUUGUGAAAAGUCAAACCCCAUCCAAAAGACCGGAGAUGAGGGUACCUAAAACUCUUCAUCCCUUCUUACACUGUGAAGAGACUCCAGAAGAAACAACGGAGUCUGAGGAGUCAGGACCCCCAACCCGGAUUUUGUUAAACAGGGACAAAGACAGGUCUUUUGUGCCGAGUGUGACUCGCAUUCUUCAGCAGACACUUUCCCCACAGCAGAUCUUCUACCUGGAGAGAUGGAAGAGGAAGAUGAUCGCAGAGCUAGGAGAGGAAGGCUUUAAAGAAUACAGUCAAAAUUUGUUUAGGCAAGGGAAGCUUUUCCAUUCAGCGUUGGAGGAUGUUCUGACAUCAGGUGACAAAAAUCUGUCAUCAGAUACACCGGAGCAUCCACCUGAAGUGCAGGGAUACCUGCAGAGCAUCUCUCAUGUACUGGAGGAUGUGCGUGCUGUCAGAGCAAUUGAGAGCGCUGUGCAACAUGAUUCUCUGGGCUAUAGGGGAAUUGUGGAUUGUGUUGCCCGCUACAGGGGCGUUCUAUGUGUUAUUGACUGGAAGACUUCAGAAAAACCUAAACCAUUCCUGGGCAACACAUAUGACAACCCUGUCCAGGUGGCAGCUUAUGCAGGAGCUUUGAACAAUGACAACAACUACAAAUACCAGGUUGAAAGCGGACUCAUUGUAGUGGCCUACAAGGAUGGUACACCUGCCCACGCUCACCAGCUGAGCUCAGAGCUAAUGCUGCAGUACUGGAACAAGUGGUUGGUUCGCUUUGAAGAGUUCACAAACAAGAGCUCCAGUCAUGCAUCGAGUUCUUCCUCAGAAAAAACAUGAGAUCUGGAGCUGUGUAUUUCAGUUAAAGGCAACUAAACCUGAAC